AUGUUUUUUUUUCAGUUGAAAUAUAUUUAUUCUCAUUUCAUAUUUUCAAUGGUUUAUUAUAAAAAUUUGAUUUUUAGAACCUUAUCUGAUUGGAAUCAUUGUUUUUUUGGACUCCGUUUCUGUCCAAGCUUCACCAAGCACCUGGUCAAGGAAUUGGUAGAGAUGCUCUACGAAGCUGACGCGGAUGAAGACAACGAGCUCAAUUUCGUUGAGCUCUGUCGCCUGUUGGAAGUGCCUGGGGCACCCGUGACCCACCUGGAUGCAAAAAUCUGCAGUGAGAUAGUCCGCUACACACUUUUUCAUUGUUUUUGUUUCUCUGCUCCUCUACUUUCUUAUCAAAAUUUUUUCCCGGAGGUAUCAUUUGGUCUUCCUGCGGCGGCUUGUGUGGCUGGCACCACCAUUUUUUUCUGGAUUAAAACAAAUUAA